AUGAAAUUUAUUUUCUCAGCAAUUUUAUUUGCAUGUCUAGUUGCCUUAUCCGCGUCACUUAACGCUGAUUCAAAAGGUUUAUUGUGUUCAGUAUGUAAAUUCUUUUGGGGUGAAGUAAAAAAAGAACUUCCAGUUGUAGCUGAUGCAGGUGAUGCUGAAUUAAAACAAGUUGUAAAUAAAGUUUGUACCAAAUUUACAAACAGUAUUCCAUUAUUAGGACAACUUUGUAAAACAUUUGGAAAUGAUGCUCUUGAAGAAAUUUAUCAAUUUAUUCUUACUGAAGACGGAAAAAUUAAUCCAAGCUCUAUUUGCGCUCACACAAAACAAUGUUAA